AUGGAUUUUAAAACUCGAUUCUAAGGUAGAACUACUACUAUGGAUAAAAAUGGUGUUAUAGGAAUAGUAUCAAAGGUUUCAUAACCAAUUAAUAAAUAAAAUGAGGCAUCAAUUAUCACAACCAACGUGAAUACGUAUUAAAAUCCUCCAUCAUACUAUUUUCAGAAGUUCCAAAAGAAUGCUUAGAAAGUUUUAUAAUCAGAUAAAGAUAUUGAUUUAACACCCUCAACCAGAUCUGAUUAUCCAUCUUAUAAAUUCAGACAUGACUUUCAAAAAUUGAAUAUGGAUGAAUAUGAAAUUGUUGCAAUUCCAAAAAAAGUUUUAGAAGGUGAGAAAUAUUCAAUGACUCAUUCAUUUGUACCAUUAGUAAAUAAGGGAAUGAAUUAUAUGGCAAGUUCACAAAUAGGUUAGAGUUAGCAGUUAAUCAAAACUCAAUCUAAUAAUAAUUAUUCAAGAUAAUUAAAGAAUGUUAAUACAAUUCAAAGUGCUAAUCCUUUUAUCUAAGCAGGAUAUGGAGCACUUAAACAAAAAUAGUUAUAUUUACAAAAUCUUAAAAAAUGA